AACUCUCUCUUCUCUGGCCUUCCUUCCCUAUGCCCAACUUAUCCACCCUCCUUAUUACUCUUGCCACCUAUGAUUCUACCUGUUACCAGCCCUACCUUAAAAUUACUUUGACUCCUGGCCUCCCUUCUCUCUGCACAUCCAACUAGCCACUGUGCCAAUCGACUUCAUAAUCCCUUCCUUCUACCAUCACCACCCCCACUGACAGGCUCCCCAGGUCACCAGAUCACCUUGCAUGUGUGUCUGGUCCUGGGGGACAGAAGAAAAAUGCCAAGAAAAAUGCCCAGUGGGUCCCUAGCUGGUUUAGCUCAGUGGAUAGAGCAUCGACCUGCGUACUGAAGGGUCCCGGGGUUUGAUUCCAGUCAAACACACGUACCUUAGUUGCGGGCUUGAUCCCCAGCCCUGGUUAGGGAGCGUGCGGGAGGCAAUCAAUUGAUGUGUCCCUCUCACACCUGUGUUUUCUCUCUGUCUCUCCCCUCCCUUCCACUCUCUCUAAAAGUCAAUAGAAAAAUAUCCUUGGGUGAGGAUUCACAACAAAAUAUCCGGUGAGGGCCCUGUGUCCUCAGACCUUGAUUCCCUCCAUUUGCCUGGUCACUGGGUGACAUUUAGAGCUGGGCUUGCUUGGAGUGCAGUGAGGGUCCUCAUUGGCCACCUGAGUACCACCUCCCAAGAACCCAGGGCCUGAGGCCCCCGAUCUUUCUGCUUUCUGGGAGUUGGGGCUUCCCAUCACCAGCCUCCUUUACAGGAGGGGCCUGCUGCGUCUGGUUCAGAAGACAUAUCUAUCCUGAGAGAAACUUUUUUUCAUCAUCUCUCAUAAUGGAGACUCACCUAAGGGCAGAGAAUUCCAAAGAGCUAAUAACCUGGAAUUAAUUUCUCUUGGGGUUUGGGAGGCACAAAACCAAUUUUGUUUGUUUUACAUUAAUGAGUUUGCCUUAAUUUUUUCCUCUAAAAAUGAAAAUUAACUUUAUUCACAUGCCUAUACGCCUAACAAAUGACUUGAUCCCUAGACCAGAAGUGGGGGGUUCCCAAGGGGGCUUUCUGGGCCGAGUCCUCCUUUCUCAUUUAUCCUGCUCAGACCACUCAGGUGAGCCACCUCUCAGCAUCAACAUCAACACCGAGGUCUCCCCGUCCUUGGCACCUUCACCCAUCAGGGCUGGAGGAGAGAAGGGCAGCCACCAGGGCUCUCUGACGUGACAAGGCUUCAGGUUAGACUUGAAUUUCUUGCAUCCAGGCUAAUUGGUGUGGUGAUGCAUCCAUCCACCUAUAAAAAUUAUAGAGUGGCUCCCUCCAAGGCCCUGUGUGUGUUGCCAGGCGUGGAAGGGAGGAGAGCUCUUCUCCACAGACUGCCAGCUCGGGGUCAGAGGAGCAGCCUCUCUUGCUGUCUCCUGAGCCCGAUCCUUCUUGGCCAUCACCUCCUACCCGCCCUAUGGCGGCUCUCACGGACCUCUCCUUUAUGUACCGCUGGUUCAAGAACUGCAAUCUUGUCCGCAACCUCUCAGACAAGUAUGUCUUCAUCACAGGCUGUGACUCCGGCUUCGGGCACCAACUGGCCAAACAGCUGGUUGAUCGAGGCAUGCGGGUGCUGGCUGCUUGUCUCACUGAGGAGGGGGCCCGGAAGCUUCAACAAGACACCUCUUAUCGGCUGCAGACCACCCUCUUGGAUGUCACCAAGAGCGAGAGCGUUCAGGCGGCGGCCCACUGGGUGAGGGACCAAGUGGGCGAGCAAGGCCUCUGGGCCCUGGUGAACAAUGCUGGUGUGGGCCUGCCCAGUGGUCCCAAUGAAUGGCUGACCAAAGAGGACUUUGUGAAGGUGAUCAAUGUGAACCUGGUGGGACUGAUUGACGUGACCCUCCACAUGCUGCCCAUGGUCAAGAAAGCCCGGGGCAGGGUCGUCAACAUGUCCAGCUCUGGUGGUCGUGUAGCUGUCAUUGGCGGUGGCUACUGUGUCUCCAAGUUUGGUGUCGAGGCCUUCUCUGACAGCAUCAGGCGCGAGCUCUACUACUUUGGGGUGAAGGUCAGCAUCAUUGAGCCAGGGAACUAUCGGACAUCUAUUCUGGGCCAGCAAAGCAUGGAGUUGCGCUUGCGGAAGAUGUGGGAUCGGAUGCCUCAGGAGACCCGGGAUAGCUACGGAGAGGAGUACUUCCAACUCUAUUCUGACAAGCUAACAAACAUGUUGAAGUUGGCAGAGCCAAGAAUCAGAGAUGUCGUCAACAGUAUGGAACACGCCAUUGUUUCCCGGAGCCCCCGCAUCCGCUACAACCCCGGCCUGGAUGCCAAACUCCUCUACCUCCCCUUGGCUAAGUUACCCACCCCUGUGACAGAUUUCAUCCUGAGCCGGUACCUUCCCAGGCCAGCAGACAGUGUCUGAGCUGGGAAAGCCCAAGGAGUGGUCAUUGGAGUAUAGAGGAGGGGCCUGGGAGAAGGGACUAUGGGGUCACAAGAGGUGGCAUCAGACAUUCUGGGGACACUUUGCUUGUCUGACACCCAUUGCUGGUGAAUUUAUGGGUAAUUUCUAACAGAAGACGAAUCCUCUUCCCACUCACUGAGGCAACACAGAAACACAAAGACCCGCAGCAUGGUCCCAAGAACCUCUGUCACCUGGUCAGUAUAUAGCUCUUUCUGGACCUGGAAAAAUCAAGGCGAGAAUAACUAGCUCCUGCUGCAUCACAAACCUCCUUCAGUUGUCACUGCCACUGGGAAAUACUGUGGCAUAAUCCAGCCCACAGGAGAAUCUCAACCACUUUCUUGCUGGGUUUUUAAAUAUGCAUUAACCUCUUUCACAUAACCCAUUAUUUAAAUAAUGUAGUAAGGCAGACAAGAUUAAUAAUAGGGAGUACAAGAUUAACCAGGCAAAGUUUAUAAUAUUUUCUCUCUUAUAAGUUCCUCUAUUCAUAGGUGAUUGGGAUCCACAUGAAAUAAUAUUCAUUUAUUUAAUCAGCAUUAAUUAAUUCUUUAAAUAUUUAUUGAGUGCCUACUACAUACCAGGCGUUGUGUAGUUGCUAGAAGUUUAUACAAUGAUUAAAUCAUGGUCUUGGUUUAUUUUGUGGUUUUGUUUUUGUUUUUUACCAGUGUCUAAUAGCAAAGAUGGGACAAAUGGUGAUAAAAGAAAACAUAAAUAAGAAAAUCACCUAAUUCAGUGGUUCCCAAACUUGGCUGUAUGUCAUAAUCUCCUGGCUAAUUAAAAUUACAGAUUCCUAGGCCUCAAUGUUAGAAAAUGUUAUUCCGUAGGCUUGGGAUGGGGCCCAGAAAUCUGCAUUUGUAAUAAGAACCACGGUUCUGAUGCACCUAGACACGUGGAAACUGUUGGUCAAGAGAAGGCAUUAAUGUUCAGAGGAGGACAUGCCCUAUUCAAAGCACCCCCAGUACAGUGACCAAGGCAGAACUCAGGUGUUCAGAUCCCCAGGUUAGGGUUUCAGUUAUAGGAGAAUACAUGUCUGAAAUUAGUAACAUUGUGAAAUAUGUCAUGGAACUAAUUUUUAAAAAAUAUACCUUAAAUUUCUGAGCCAUAUGACAUUCUAUUGAAAAAGACUUUUUUAUCUUGAGGAAUGGUCAUGUAAUAAAGGUAAAUGUGAAAAUUUUUUAUUAAAAUGUCUUUGUGUCGCCCUAACCGGUUCGGCUCAGUGGAUAGAGCAUCGGCCUGCAGACUCAAGGGUCCCAGGUUCGAUUCCGGUCAAGGGCAUGUACCUGGGUUGCAGGCACAUCCCCAGUAGGGAGUGUGCAGGAGGCAGCUGAUCGAUGUUUCUCUCUCAUCGAUGUUUCUAACUCUCUAUCUGUCUCCCUUCCUCUCUGUAAAAAAUCAAUA